CCCCCGACGGAGAAGACCUUCAACGUCUUCCGGACCAUGGGCAAGGGCGGCUUCGGCCUCGUCAAGGGCUGCCGGACGUUCACGACGGGCCGCAUGUACGCGAUGAAGGAGAUGGACAUGAAGCACGUGAAGCAGAAGAAGUGCAAGACGCUCUGCGACCAGGAGCACUGGGCCCUGUCGGACCCCCUGGUCUGCGACAGCCCCUUCUGCGUGAACAUGAAGUACGCGUUCAAGACGGAGGCCGCGCUCUGCCUCGUCAUCGACCUCAUGAUGGGCGGCGACCUGUCGUUCCACCUCGACAAGGCCGAGGGCCGCAAGAUGCCCGAGAACUUCGUGCGCUACUACAGCGCGCGCGUCAUCCUGGGGCUCGAGGUCAUGCACGAGGCGAAGAUCGUCUACCGCGACCUCAAGCCGGAGAACGUGCUCGUCGACGGCGACGGCCGGACGCGGCUCUCGGAUUUGGGCCUCGCCGUGCCGUUGGCGCCGGGCUUGAAGGGCACGGCGGGCACGCCGGGCUACCUGGCGCCGGAGAUGCUCCAGCACAAACCCUACGACCAGUCCGUGGACUGGUGGUCCUUUGGGUGCAUGAUCUACGAGAUGGUCAACGGCGUGGGCCCGUUCCGCACGGAGGAGGCGAACAAGUUCGGCGGCGAGACGAACCUCCAAAAGGCCGUGAACAAGGCGACCUGCGAGAUGGAGAUCGAGUGGCCGAGCCACUUCUCGCCCGAGUUCACGGAUUUGUGCAAAAAGAUCCUGUGCCGCGACCCGGAGAAGCGG